GGUAGUUCUAUUGCGUCACGGCGGAACGCCUCAGGCUGCUAGCUAGGUUAGCAAUCAUCGGUCGUUACUCCUGCAGAAAGAAGGUCAUUAUUUUACCUAAAAGUGGCUGUUAACACUCCGCGUUACUUUUUGCAUAAAAAGAAAAAACACAUUUGCAUGUGCGUGCGUUGAUAAUCCCAUUGUAAUGUUCAAGGCAGUUUCUACGCGUGUGCUAGCGAGGCACGUUAACGGCUAGCAUAAUAAGAGCUGCAACAUUUCUGGAGAUGCUCGGCGACGCAAUGAUUACAAGUGGGACAUCCGAAGUUUCCUGCAGCAAUAAACAAGAGUCACCGAAGUCCCUCGACGAGACGCAGCGGGCGCCGCCGCAACAGACCCCAACAAAGUUGGUUUUGAUCUGGCCCAAUCCAAGUUCUGAUCAGCCUGCCAAGCAAAAGGAGGAGGAGUUGGAAGAUGAUGAUGAUCCAAGUCAGGAUGAUGGGAUAGUGUUAUCUGUCUCCGACCACAGUGCAUUAAACCUAUCUACAGGAGAAGAAACCGCUCUCUAUUUCAAUCCAGAUUACAACAGAAAGUCUCGAAACGACACAUCGCUUGUUUUCUUGACAAGAAAGUUUUUGGAUUUGCUGCAGAGUUCAAAAGAUGGCAUUUUGGACCUUAACCUUGUGAGCCAGGAGAUCAACUUCUCCAAGAGACGCAUCUACGAUGUCACAAACGUCUUGGAGGGGAUCAACUUGAUCAAAAAAAUAUAUAAGAAUCAUAUACAGUGGUUGGGUGGCAGUCCCAGUAAGGACACCAUCCAAAUAAUGAAUGAUCUCGCAGAAGAAGAGAAAAAGCUGGACGAGCUGAUCGAAAGCUGCACAGGGGAUCUCCACGCGAUGUGUGUGGACGAGGAGAACAGCAAAUUUGCCUAUGUAACCUAUGAGGACAUUCAAACCAUCCCCACACUGAGUGAUCAAACUCUACUCGUCAUCAAAGGCCCCGAAGACACAAUCCUGAAUGUCACGCACCCAAAAGAAAGCUUCCAAGUCCACAUGAAGAGCACUCGGGGUCCGAUCGACGUGUUGAUCUGCUCAGACGAGCCUCUUCCGAUGGAAGUCACGGGGGGUCAGGUGGACGGCGACGCCAAUAGCGAUCACAACUCUGCCAAUGACUCGUACACUUCAUUUGUUCAGAUGCCCCUGAAAAGCGAACCUUGUUAUUAACACUAUCCAAGAAAAGCCUGUUCUCCAAAUACAACCCCAAACUCCCUCCAAAGAUUGCUAAUGUUUUUGCAAGUUGAAAAAUGAGCCAUUUAUUUACCUCUGUGACACUGAAUGUACCUGAAAUGUUGUCAUUGCAUCACAAAUUGUUUUACACAUUAGAUGCUUUAUUCAUAGUCUUGUCUCCCAGGUGAUGACAUUUUCCAAAAAGUUUUUGUAGUUGUACGAGAGUUUUCAAUGUCACCCUUAAAGCGCUGUUCAUGUCAACAAAUAAUAAAAUCGAUACACUACCUUGAAUUCGGACCACAAACUGUAUCGUCAAUCUUUCAAUUGUGUAAACUGAUGUGCUAAUCACGCAAUGCUUGAUUGUGGAAAGAUUUUAAAUCAACUUUUUUUUCCUCAAGAGGUUGCGUUCCAUUUUAGUUUCAUUUUGCUGUGGUCACUAUUGUGAAGAUCUUGUGUCUGGUAAGAGUGUGAGCUUACACCUGUUUGAAAUAAAGUGCCUUUUAAAAAGUCA